CGGUUGAUUUACACGGUUUAAGGGGUAUUAACAUGCUUUUUAAUAGUGCUGCGAUAAAUACCUAGGUAUUGAUUUGUAUUCAAACGGAAGAUCAUUUCGCAUAACCCACCCAUCUAUAUCAUUACAUCACUCAGACAAUAAUCAAUAUGGAGUCGAUCAACAUGUUGAUUACCCGUGGCAAAUCUGUUCUUGCAGCUCGCGAUUUCUCCGAGGAUUCCGAUUCCUGGGAUUCGGCCAUGAACGCGACCCUCGCUCUACUGGGCCUCGCUUUAUUCGGCUUGGCUCUAGUCGGCGGUCUAUUGAUGCUACAGCGCCUCCGCCGACGACAGCAGCUUCAUGACCAGACACUGCCUAAAUACAAUGACAUUGAGCACGAGGCUGGUAGAAACACGCGCCGAUUGACCAUUCAAACACCUGAGGGCAAGUCGAGCAUUGUCCUGGUCAAUGGUCGUCCCAUGCUGGCUGACCCUCACUCACCACCUCAUUCGCCUAGCAACGUUCCCGCCAUUCACAUUACCUUUCCGGAUGAGCAAGAUGAGCAGGGUCGCCGCAAGAAUGGCCGCGUACUUCUCGUCCGUGUGGGCGAGACCACAGUUGGCCUCGAACCCCUCCAAGAGGAGCAACUGCCCGCUUAUGAAAAAGAAGGCAAGGAUGCCUUCAUCUCAAUUGAUAUGGACCGUAUUGGUGGUUUGAAAGAAAAGAAUAGUUCAAGUUUCGCAUGAGCUAUACCCAACGCCACCGGUCGCCUUUCCCCCUUCUAAACCAUUAUUUUUACACCCAAUGAUCCGACCAUCAGACACUACCUUAUAUCCUGUGCCCGGGUCUAAGGGACACAUUUACAUACACGCUUCACGAUCAAUGCUUUACAUUUUACUCCCUCCA